AUGCAGAAUCAGCUCCUUCUCUUGAAAGUGGUGAAAGCGCACCAGGAUUGUGCACAGUUUCUCACCAACUACCAGUUUAGGCUGAAGAGAACGAUGUGCUUGAUCCACUUAAACCAGGCGAGGAAAAUGCUCUUCUCUGAGCAGUUGGGGGAUCAGCCUGGAGACAAAUUCAAGAAUUUGGCAUUAAAAGGAAAGGCUGUACAGUCGAGCACAUUUUACACCUGGGGAGCUGCAAAGGCCAUCGACGGCAUCAGAUACGCUCCAGGUCCAGGCUCAAGCUGCUCCCACACAGGUAACGAUCUCAGCCCGUGGUGGAGGCUGGACCUGCUGGAUUCUUACUCCAUUUACAAAGUGACCAUCACCAACAGAGCCGACUGCUGUCCGGAGCAAACGACUGGAGCAGAGAUCCGCAUCGGAAACUCUCUGGAAAACAACGGCAACAACAAUCCCAGAUGUGGUGUCACUUCAUCUUUCCCAGCAGGCAGUUCUGUCAGUUUCUCUUGCGGUGGAAUGGAAGGUCGUUAUGUGAACAUGUACAUUCCCAACAUCAAGAAGUAUCUCACGCUGUGUGAGGUGGAGGUUUAUGGAGCAGGUAAUUUCUAACACCUCAUUCUAGAUUGCUGUCACAUUAGUGAAAUUUCACAUGGAAAAACAUAGGUCCAUUGUCAAUAACAUAUGUA